CCCUAGACGAAGCGACUGAUACGUGGGGAAUAAAAGUGGAACGAGUCGAAAUCAAAGAUGUACGACUACCCGUUCAACUGCAACGAGCUAUGGCGGCGGAAGCCGAAGCUGCACGUGAAGCACGCGCUAAAGUGAUUGCCGCAGAAGGUGAACAGAAGGCCAGCAGGGCUCUGCGGGAAGCAUCGGAAGUUAUCGGCGAUUCACCGGCUGCUUUGCAACUCCGUUAUUUGCAGACACUGAAUACAAUAUCAGCAGAAAAGAACUCUACCAUCGUGUUUCCGCUACCAAUCGAUAUGAUGACAUACUUUAUGAAAGCUUUACCGAGAGAAUAAUUAUGUGAAAAAGAGAAAGGAAGAAAGCGUACAUCACGUUUCGCAGGAUACAACGAUGGAGAAGAAGAUUAACAACUUUUCUGAAGCUUUAUGAAGGAUGUUUGGCGAUUUAUUCGUAUAUUUGACAUGCUUGCGUACAUUACAUAAGCUCGGGGAGUGUACUAUCAAUGCUAUUAUGGUUUAUUCUUUUUUUACUGGCAGUGCAACCAUAAAAUAGAUACGAUGGACAAACGUACUAAAUCAAAAUAUGCAUAAUUAUAGAUUUUGAUCAAUAGCAGUAGCGAUUCUUUUAAAGAAUUUAUUUAUUUCUAGAACUAAUAACUAUUUUUUACACUUUUUUAUUCAACGCUAUAUUGCACUGUAAUUGCCUUAUCUCGAGAGCCGCAGUAAUUGCAGUGGAAAUAUGGCUAUCACUUAUGCAGGUUUGGCAACAUUAUCUCAGAAAAAUAAC